AUGAGUAAAGAGCAUCCUUCUGUUGAAUCUAGUGAUUUCGUGAAUUUCGAGCAAGAUACCGUAAAAACUAUCUCGUACAUAGAGUCACAAGCGUCUGAUAUUCUCCAAAUGGAGAAAGGCAAAAUCAUACGUUCUUUAGGCUUACACACUCUCGUAAGAACUAUAGUCAUUGCAACCAUUAUUUUGGUUAUACUAGUUACCCUAAUUAUUUUGUAUUGCCAUUUUAAUAUCGCUCGUGCAACUGUCAAAGCAACGUUUACAAUCGUAACAAUACCCUUCUCUUUUCUCUCAAGUUGUUGUCAGAAGAAACCAAAACCUUCAGCACCCGAAUCUUCAACUCCACGAAUUAUACUUCGUGCAUUUCGACGUAACCCACUUAUCAAAGAUACCGUUAGUACAGCAACAGUAGAAAGUGGAAAUCUUUAUCCGUCUUUAGAAGAAGUACGAGUGAUAAGUCAAGCACCAAAAGUGCCUCCCAAAACAGUUGCCAAGCCAUUGAAUCUUGAAAUACCUAAAUUCAAACCAAGAGUAUCAUCCGUUCAACUCGACUCAAUGUCUACUAUCUUUAUUCCAGUUACGCUAAAUCACUUAUCCACUGUAGCACUUUUUGACACAGGAUCAGCCAUCACACUUUUAUCUGAACGAAUGGCUACACUUUCGAAUUUAAUUAUUACUGAAACUACUCUACCAGAAGGCAUAACUGCCAAUGGAUCUCCAAUUCACUUCAUUGGACAAGUUUCAACUAAACUUACCGUAGCCGAUAAAGUAGUAAGCAUCAUUAGUUUUGUUGUUUCGGACGAAAACUGUUCCACAGACUUUUUGUUAGGUAAUGAUUCUAUCAACAAACUAGGUAACAAAGUAUCUAUAGACUAUUCUGAGAAGACAGUCUCUUUUGACAAUACUACGGUACAAAUCAUUAUUCCAGACAAACCCGAUUUAACCAGUUAUAAGACACCGGUAUUCCUCGCCGAAAAUGUUACUCUACCGCCAAUGUCCGAUAAUGUCGUUAUAGGAACCUUGCAUAGAACUUUUCCAAGCAAAUGGGAAUUUCUCGUUUGUGAUGAUUUAUCCCUAACGUUACCGUUUGGAAUUGCAAUAGGUAAAACAUUAUCGUGCACCGACAACAAUAGUCAAGUUUUAUUGCGAAUUUUCAAUACCAACCCGUCCUUUAUAUCACUUCAUAAUAACAAAACAAUCGCAAAAGCUAACUAUGUCGGCAAAGACAUGACUUGGCCGCCUAUUUUUUCGGUGGAUUCAAUCCAGCAAUCAGAAAACACAUUAACACCGCUUCAACUCGAAGAAUAUGUACCACCAGAAGUAGAUAUCAGUCAAACAAUGCCGUCCUUUCCAUCUGAAAAAGAACAAAAUGUCGAACAAUCUCAGUCUGUCGAACGAACAUCGCGUUCACAGCUGAGGAAUCAACCAUUUAGAGUGGAUCCAAAUCUCGAUCUUGAGGAAGAGGAUGAAUAA